AUGCACACCUCCAACCUCGCCCCGGCAGCCUUCGCCGCACUCACCUCCCUCUUCCUCGCCAACCCCGUCGCCGCCAUCCCAGCGCCCAUUCCCGUCCCUAUCGCCGCCCCCGAACCAACCCUCGUCGCCCGCGCCGAUGUCAUCGCUCCCACCGCCGCCUGGAUCAGCGUCAACAACAAGGGCGUCCCCACGACCGUCACACCCGUCCCGACCACAAUCUCCGGCACAGCCACCUACGCCUCCGCCGCUCCCAACGCCCUGACGGGCAGCGUCUUCACCCUGACCGACUGGCACCUCGUCAAGGUCACCACCAGCACGGGCACCCCGCCCGUCGCCACGGCCGACAGCAAGAGCGGCGCGGGGGCCUUUGCGCCGUGCAGUAACACCAAGGGGGACUUUUCACCCUUUUGCGAUCCGAAUAAGGGGAGCACGCUGUAUACCGAUGGGACCUACUAUGUAACCUGGGACCCCUCCGUCCUCAUCAAAGGCAACAAAACCAACGUCAACGUCAAGAUCCAAGGCAAAUCCGUAAACGGCACAACAGUAGGCGACAUCGUCCUCAACGCCGACACAGACACCACGAACCCGGCCUCCUACGGCUACUACGCCUGGACCGUCUCCUCCAGCCUCAUCCCCUCAGGCCAAGACAACGCCACAAUCGAGCUCCUCAUGUCCUACACCAUCGACGGCACCGCGCAGGACGCCAUCACGGGCCCGCAGGUCCUCGUCGCCAAGCGGCCGGAGUGGCACCCCGAGGCCGCGAAGAUGCCCAAGGGCGCGGAGCUGUACAUUGCCCUCCCCACCGUGUUUGGGUUCAUUAUUAUCUGUGUCAUUGGCGGAUGUAUCUGGAACCGGAGGACGCGCAAGAUCGGGCUGGGGAAUAUCAUGAGCCGGUCGAGGCACGGGUACGGGGUUGGUAAGUCGAGGGCGCAGAGAUUGGGGGCCAAGGUGAGGCAGAGCGUGUUCCAUGGCGGACGUAAAGAUCGCGGGAUUCAGUUGAGGCAGAGGGAGAUUAGCCCCGAUGGGUAUGUGUACCGCGACGAGCCGCUGCCUGAUCAGCAGCAGAGGCAGCAUACUGGUGGACUCAACAUCAACAGUGGCGGUGGUGGUCUCGGCCAUGCUCGGAGGGAUAGCGAUGCCCUGGGAAGUCUUGCCGGAAGCCCGGUUUCGGCUACGUUCCCGCAUCAUGAGCCCCAGAGCGGUAAUGCUUUCCGAGAGGAGAUGAGGAGACAGGAGAGGGAAAGGUACUGA